AUGCAUCCUGCAGCUCGAGCCUCUCGACAGGUGCGGCCGACUUUCAUCUGCCGAAGCUGCCUCUCAGCAGCGCGCCAGUUCUCGAGCUCCUCUCGCCGCGCAGCUCCUCCACCACCACCCUCCUCCGGGUUCGCCGCACUGCCAUCCCGCCGACUGAUUUCCGUCUCCGGCCCCGAUGCGCCCAAGUUCUUGCAGGGUAUCAUAACAUCGAGCAUACUUUCCGCCGACGGCCAACCUCGAGACACCGGGUUCUACACUGCCUUUCUUAACGCGACAGGCCGUGUGCUCUACGAUGUCUUCAUAUACCCGGACACCAUCUUGAAUGGGGGAAAGACGGCUGCUGGCGAGAGCUUUUUGAUCGAGGUCGAUUCAAAUGAAGCGCAGAGGCUGGCGGCGCACAUCAAGCGGUACAAGCUCCGGGCGAAGUUUAACGUGCGGCUCCUGGACAAGGAGGAGUUCACCGUGUGGCAAGCUUGGGAUGAUGGCGGCAAGUCAGGACUGGAAGCUGCGGCUCAGGUCUCGAAGGAUUCAGGCAUCCAGAUGAAAGACACAAGAGCCCCAGCUCUGGGAUACCGGCUCAUCAGAGCGGGUACCGAUCUACCACCACUAGACCUGGACAAUGUCAACGAGGAAGCAUAUCAAGUCCGAAGAUAUCUGAAUGGUGUACCGGAAGGCCAGGAGGAGAUCCCGCGAGAGCAUUCUUUGCCUUUAGACAGCAAUAUUGAUCUUAUGGGGGGCAUCGACUUUAGAAAGGGGUGUUACGUGGGUCAGGAGCUCACGAUCCGGACAAAGCAUCGGGGCGUGGUCCGCAAGAGGAUAUUGCCGUGCAUCCUCUACACGCCAGACAAGGCGAUGCCAGACCAUCUGGCGUACCACCCUUCUAUCGAGACUUCAAGUGGGCUAGAAGACCUCGAUGCUGCGAUGAUCCCCUCAGAUACCAGCAUCGGCCGCUUCGAGAAACGAGGAAGAAGUGCAGGGAAAUGGCUCAAGGGCGUAGGUAAUGUUGGCCUCGCUCUCUGUAGGCUGGAGAUAAUGACAGAUGUCGUGCUGCCGGGAGAAACAGCGGCAGCGGCAUACAACCCGGAAGAUGAGUUCAUCAUGCAGCACAAACUCGGAGAGGAUCGCGAAGACCUUUCGGUCAAGAUCAAAGCCUUUGUGCCAGAUUGGCUAAGGCAAGGACUUGACGCACCACAAUAG